AUUCCAAAUUCUUAUCUUGUUCCAACAAAGGAAAGGCCAAUCCCUUCUCUUUUCACUUCCGAGAGAGCAUUUGACGUGAAAAAAUGGCGUUUCCUUCUCCUCCUCCUUCUUCUUUGUUGCAUCAAUCCGACGAUUCUUCGCCCGGAACCCAGAAAACCCUUGUGGCCAACAAGCUCUUGUCGAACGCUUUAUUGCUUUCUUCUUCUUCUUGCUCCUCUUCUUCUUCGUUCAGACAUUUUACGCCAUUACUGCUACUCAACCAACAACCCUCGUAUCCCAAGUUCAAUGUCCAUGUCCCUGCCCAAGUAGCAGUGGCGGAGCGCCUCUUCCGAGAUUUCCACAAAUCGGUUGUCUCUGCUGCCGAUGGGUGUCUCGGAUUUGUACAGUCAUUCGCUUCCAAGUCUCCGCUUUUCGACAAACUCCUCUCUUUACCUUCUCAUUUCCGUAAUUUCUCCCAGAUCCAUCAGAAGAACUACAGGAAUUUAAACUGUCUUUCCAAACACAAUUUUGGUGCCGUUUUACCUGGGGAUUCAGUGGCAGGGCUUGUGGUUGCCAAUGGUAUUAUCAACUUCUUGAAUAUCUACAACACACUGUUGGUUGUAAGGCUUGUUUUAACAUGGUUCCCUAACUCUCCUCCGGCCAUUGUUAGCCCCCUGAGCACAUUGUGUGAUCCAUACUUGAACAUAUUCCGCGGCAUCAUUCCACCACUGGGGGGGACUUUGGAUCUUUCUCCUAUAUUGGCAUUCCUUGUUCUAAACGCCUUUACAAGCACCGCUUCUGCACUACCUGCUGAACUUCCAUCGACAGGCGUUUCUCAAGAAUUUCCACCAUCUAAUCCUAACACGUCACAUCAGAAAUGGAUGAGAAGGCUCAACGGAAGCAGAAGAAAGGGUUCCGACAGUGGUCAUUAGGCCAUUCUGUUUUUUUGAAGUGUAUACAUUUGGGUUUUUGUUCUUCCUCAACUUCAAAUAGUCUCCUCUUCAUGGUGUACAAUCUCUGUAUUCUCUUCAUUUUCGGUUGGUAUGGUACUCCGGCAAUUAUAUUGACUUCAAAAACAUGAAAUGUCAAAAUUCUUUUAUGUUUA